AUGGCUCUCAACACGGUCCCGAGGAAGGUGGGGAUAGUGGGCUACGGCCGCCUCGGACAGUCCCUGGUCUCCCACUUGCUGACUCAGGGACCAGAGCUGGGCCUAGAACUUGUUUUUGUCUGGAACCGUGACGCAGGACGAAUGGCGGGGAGUGUGCCCGCUACCCUUCAGCUCCAGGACCUUGCUGCCCUCGGGGAGAGGCACCCUGACCUUGUGGUGGAAGUGGCCCAUCCCAAAAUAAUCCAUGAAUCUGGGGCAGAAAUCCUGCGCUAUGCCAAUCUCCUGGUGGGAUCCCCCUCAGCCCUGGCUGACCAGGCCACAGAGCGGCAGCUCCUGGAGGCCUCGCAUCGCUGGGGCCACACUGUGUUCGUGGCCCGGGGGGCCCUCUGGGGCACUGAGGACAUCGCCAGAUUGGACGAAGCCGGGGGCCUCCAGAGCCUCCGUGUCACCAUGGCCACACACCCUGAUGGCUUCCGGCUUGAGGGACCCCUGGCUACGGCGCACAGCCCUGGGCCUCGCACUGUGCUCUAUGAAGGCCCUGUCCGCGGGCUCUGCCCCCUUGCCCCCCGAAACUCCAACACCAUGGCUGCCGCUGCCCUGGCCGCCCCCAGCCUGGGCUUCGACCGUGUGAUCGGGGUGCUUGUGGCCGAUUUCAGCCUCAAGGACGUGCAUGUGGUGGAUGUGGAGCUGAGCGGACCCCCGGGCCCCAGAGGCCGAAGCUUUGCUGUGCACACCCGCAGAGAGAACCCCACCGAGCCAGGCGCUGUCACCGGCUCUGCCACCAUCACCACCUUCUGGCGCAGCCUCCUGGGCUGCUGCCAUCUGCCCUCCAAGCCGGGGAUCCAUCUCUGCUAA